GAGAUGACAUGUUUACAUUGACAACUGCAGGAAGUUGUCAGUGAUAUGAUUGGGAGUUGAUGUGAUAUUAGCCUUUUAGCCGGUAAACAAGGUGAUUAGAUUUAGCGAGGAUCGAAUAUUUACUCUGUUGUUUAAACUUUGGCCGCCUGUUUUCACUGUUAGAUGUAAGUUUAAACAAACCUACUACAUUCGCAGCGACUAUUUUGUUAUUUUAUCCACGUGUGGCACUCAACGAAAUGAAAUUCUCGGCCAAAACAUUCAGCUUCUCGUUUUUCUACCUUCUUUAUGCCUUUCUCGAAAGCACUUGUGAUGACAACGUGGUCACAAACGACUCUGAAAAGGCAGAAGCUAUUUUUCGUAACCUUUAUAAGGCUGAGAGAGCAGAGCAGUUAGCUGCAGUUAAAUCAUUACUUAAACUUGGAAAAGAAGAUAAACAAAAACAGAUGGUACAGACCAUAGCACAGAAAGUUUUUGAGGUUAUUAAAAAGAGUAAAAAGACCUUGGAAAAUGCAAGGUAUAUACCAGGUGAAUCGAAUUUCCCUUGGGAUGAGAAUGUCAGAGAUGCGCUGUCUAACGUCCUGGAAAACACUGCAUUUUUUGGUGACAUAAUUUUGAGACUGCCAGACAUCUCUCAUGAAGUCCUCAAAGACAACUUAGAGUGGAAUUAUCUCUUGAAAUGGGGACUCUUUUUCACUAAACAGACAGCCCUUGUCGAUCAAAAGACACAUAUAAUGCUUACUUUGGUUAACCAGGAGAUGAACUACACAGAGAGGCAUGUCAAUUUCACAAACCCUUUUAGGAAAAAGUCUAUUGCUUUAGCAAAGGAAGAAAUCCUCUUGACAAUGAAGCCAAAGCCCAAAAAGAGGAAAACAAUACCUAAAGGUCCACGUCUUUCAAGGAGAACAGAUGAUCUGUGAAAAUGUCAAAGUUUUGGUUUCUUUGAUCACUAUGUGAUUAUUCUGUUUUGUUUAUACGUGUUUUAUCAUAUAAAACAAUCUUGGUGAUUUACUAUGCUACAAAUGUUACUUUAUUUGAUUUAACCUUAUAUUUCUGUUAUACAAUAAAAUAUAUUUCGGUUUUUCAUUAG